UAAUCGAGUCGACCUCGCCUUUCAGAAACAUGUCCUUUUAUCACUUCCACACGAAAAGGAAGAGGCUAUUGCCCGAAGUAUUGGACAAUGCUUCAGUGACAGGAGCUGGUGGGACAAUUUGUCCUUCUCGAUCACUGAUUUUGGAAAUGAAGGCGUGAGGGUAACUUACCAGUAGCCAGAGACGCAUAUACAGCAAGAAGACAUUGGGUUUUAUGCAAGGCUUGGGAUGUUAAUUGCAACGCCGACUUUUGAGAUUAAUGAAUCCCACACAGAGGGAGUGAAACGGGUAUUGCGAGACGAAUGUGGGGCUUCAUGGAAUAGAGUAAUACACCUUCAAGGUCUUACUUUGCCCGCAACUGGCCAAGAGACAAGAGUGGAUCUUGGAAAUGUAAUCAUGCAUUUACAUGAGAAAGCUCCUCUCUUUCCAGUAUUGAAAUCAGAACCGGGAGGAACACAGAGGAGUAGCCUGAAUUUUAUGGUACUGGAACGUACAGACAAACAUUUGAUGGGCUCGUUUUCCAACCCUGAUCAACGUGCCUUGACCCUUGAUACUGGGCUAAGGCACCACAAUCUCGAUCUGGAAUCAUACCACUCUAUAAAUUUCCAAGUCGUAUCUUAUGAAAUUUGCAAGGAACCCCCAAAAGGUGGAUCGCGUGGGCCAGGAACCACUGGUCGGCUCUACAAUGAUGGACCAUGCAUUCAAUCACAAGUGGUCUCGCUUUGUUUUGUAUCUCAAGUUAUUUGCCAUUCUCGACCCAAGAAACCUCCGCGUUUCUGGACACUUGUCGCCCUCACUUCAAGUGGCAAUAUUGAGCUGCCGUCUAUUUUCGGGCUCCAUAAUUGUGACGUGCUUCAAGGGAUGCUUCUUUUCGUUGGCGGGGUUCUUGCCAAUUUAAUAAAUACAUGGGGAGAGCUUGUGGACUAUUUUGACAGCUUCCUAGAUGACGGGAGAACCUUCCUGACAGCGAAGGAGCACGACAACCUCCUCGUCGAUGAUGAGAACUUCUCACGAUCACGAAAGUACUUUUGGAGUCUCAGCUGCCUGUCAGAGUUUAUGCUUUACAUCAAUGACGCCAUUCGUCAAUGGGAGGCCAGCAGAGAUAUAUGGGUAGUAAAAUUCGACGACUUUCUAACAGGGGAGUCGAAAAACACCAUUGAGGAUAACAACAAACUUUGUGAAAAGCUGAAGGCUCUACGGGACCGCAUGCAACAUCACCAUACCAAUGUUACCGCAUUACGAGACGGUCUUUUCAAUGCCAGCGCCGUCAUGGAAAGUCGAGCAUCCACAAGACUAGGAGAGAACGUAAAGCUCCUCAAAUUCGUCAGCAUCUUCUUCCUCCCUCUCGCCUUCUGCACCUCCCUCUGGAGCAUGAGCGAGACCCUCUUCCCCCUCCACAUCCUGAUCUACGUCAUCAUCUUCGUCGCCCUCGCCACGUACCUUGUUGUCUUCAAUCUCAACACCCUCGUCAGACUCUUCUCUCGUACUUACGAAUCAUAUAAGAUUUCGUUGAUCACGAAAAUGAAGUCUGAAAAGGAAUCGGAGUAUUGGAAGAAGAGGGGAGACAGGUUUGAGAACUUCCAGUUUCGUCCAAAGGCGGAGGUUGCGAAGCCGAGUGAGUGGUUGCUUGUUGGGUAUGCGCUGAUGAGGGCUGAGAGAUGGGUAGGAGAGGGGUUGAUGAGAGGACUGAGCCUGGGGAGGAAGGAGCGCAGUGAAGGGGAAGAGGAGGUUACCGCCCGGCCAGCCGAGGAAGAUGGGGGUCAGGGAAUGCCGGGCACAGCGAAGAAAGGACUUUUUAAAAGGAUGGGUAGGGUUGGAAGAAGAUCUGGGAACGGGGCAGCUGACGAGACUGCCAUGCCUUGAAAGUUUCGGCGGCUUGAGAAGUUGGUUUCUUAUCUGAUGGCUGAACUUGAAACGCUGGGUGCGUGGCAGCGGGUUUGUUUUGCCCUCGUGAGCGUUCCGAUUAGCUUGGGCUUGCCCGAGACUCAACCCGCUUUCCGGAAGAGUUA